AAUAUGAAUACUCUAAUAAGCUAUACUGAAAUUAUUUAACCACUUGAAACAAACAUGAGACGAACAUAUAAAUCUAAAAAGGAAACUGGACUGGAUCCUAGAGAUGUGAAGCAAAUUGUUGAUGCAAAGAGCUCUAUAUUUGAUGCGUUCUACAUUGAAAACAUUAAACAGGCUAAACGCGAACUUUCUUGUUUAGGAGCAUCUAACCAAUUUGCAGCAUCAAAUAGAGUACGCAAGAAAAAAUAUGUGAAAAGAUUAAAAGAACCGGAAAUUCUUAGAGAGUCUACGUCGAGAUCCACAUACUUAACUCCGGAUAAAUCCUUAAGAGUAAAUAAACCCGAAGAUUUGUUCGAUCAGCUGCUUCGUUCAUCCCCAUCGAAUAAUUCACCUAUUUUUAAAUGUACACCUAAAGACAACAACCCAAAGGAGAAGAGGUCAUAUUAUAAAAAAAGAAAACAAAAAAAUAUUAAGAAAGUGAAUUAUUCCAGCUCUGAUACUUCAGAUUCAAGUAAAGAAAAUAAUGAUUUCAAUCAAUCUGAUAUUAAAUCACAUAAAUUGCAAAUAGAGAAAGAGUUUAAUAGUUCCAAAAGUUACAAUGACUCAAUUGAAAAUAUUGAUGAAAAUCUGUCAUUGUUCAAUAACCCUGACUUUGAAAAGGGCAAAUUCUUAUCACUCACACCUAACAGAAAAUUAAGCCAAAUAAGAAGCUCAGAAGUGGGUACAUCAUCACCAUUAUGUAGUACACCAUUCCAUGAAAAAUAUAGAGGACAAUCUAUUUACAAAUAUUCACCUAUCACUAUAAACUCAAACCAUAAUUUAACAAACAUAAUAGAAAACCGAACCAGUGAAGUUUAUGAUAAGGGAGAACAAAAUAAUGGAUCUACUCCAGUAAGGAAUGUCAAUUUAGAAAAAAAUGCAGCAUUUGAUGGUUUCAAACAUAUAAAAUCUGAUUAUCCUUGUAUUACUGUAAUAGAUUUUUCGAAUAAUUAUUGCAAAAAUGGUACCCUUGAAGAUGAUGCACAUAUUACAAAGUCUGAAGAAGAUGAGAUUAAUGCUAACAGCAACUUAUUAGAAACAUCACAAAAAGAAGACUUAAGUGACAUCCUAAAAAUCUCAGAAGUUGAUAAAUUUCUUGGAUUCUCAAAUGUGAAUAAGACUGCUGAAAUGGAUGUUUUAAAUAAAUAUAAGGAAUUAAAUAAUCAACUCACUAUGAACUGUUCUAUGACUUAUACUGAUGAUGAAUUACCUAGUACACCUUUCUUGGGUUUCACAAAUGAUAAACAAAGUUUUAUAAAUGAAAUGGAAACAACUAUGUCCAAUAGUGAUUUGAAUAAUUCACAAAAAAUGGAAUCUGGUUCUCUUUAUGAUACAUGCAGUGAAAAUGAGUCAAUAGAGAAUAAUACCGUAACAAAUAAAGAACCAAUUGUUAAAAUUCAAAGACUGAGUCAAUCUAUUCUUCAGAAGUACUUAUAUAAAAAGCAUGCUUCUGAUGCCGAGUCCAAUUUAAAUGAUAGCAAUUCUACUGAUGAUUACACCAGUUUUGCUUCAGACAAAUCAAAUAAAUCAUCUGUAAUAAAUGAAGAUAUGGAUGAUGAUUCUGUUGAGUCUUCAUUGGACAACUGCACAGGUUCAAAAAAUCGAGAUUCACAAACAUCUUCAGAUUCGGAGGAUAUGAAUAAUGCAACUGUCAAUUUUGUUACAACUAGAAGAAGAAAUGAAAUUACAAAUGAUUCAUUUUUCUUUACACAAGAUAAUUCAAUAAGCAGUAUUAAUAGUUUAGGUGUAGAUGCAAUCAUGGAGGUGACAUUAGCAGAUAAGAUGGAACAGGUUACAGUGGAUGUAAACAAUACAAUGAGUGAAAAGACCACUGACACAAUGACUGAAACAUUGAGUUCUAAUGAUGAUGAACCUGAUAGAAGUAAUACAUUAAAAAAAACACCAAAAUUACUACAAUCACCACAACCAUUAAUCACUCUGAGGAAGAGUCAUAGACCAGUAACUAAUUGUAGAUCUUCAAUAAUGACAAGACAAAGCGUAAGACUGACUAGCAAUACUACUCUUAAUACUAGUGAAAUAAAACAUCCCAUAGUGUUACAGCCAGGGAAAAAAUGGCAAAGAUCAUUAAGUAUUUAUAGAAGAAUGACAACAAUGGUGGAUGGUACAGAUUACUCAAUGCUUGAUAUUGAAUCAUUGGAAAAUAAGGGAAGGAAAUAUAGGCAGAGUGUAAUAGCUACAAUUGAACUGCAAGACUUAAAUGCUUCACUUAACAAUGAAUCCAUUAAAAGUCGCAGAAGUACUUUUGUUUCAAAGCCUAUCAGGUCAACAAUUAAAUUAGUAAGUUAUUUUUAUGAUUCUAAUGAAUCACGAUCCAGCAUUUGUUCUUCGGCUGCCAUUGAUGAUUCAAAAGGAUAUUUGUCCGAGGAUUGUGAUGAUACGGUUGUCGACUUAUCAAAGCUCUCGCUCGGUGACUCGGAGGACGAAGUCACUGUGUUAGAAAAUUUUCAUGAAACGUCAAGCCGUCCGAGUACUGCAGCGCGUGAUUACGUCUUACGACUGUGCAACCAGACAGAUGCGCUGUUGUUUGAUGAAUGCUAUCCAGAUACAGCUCUAAAGAACUGCCGCAAGAUCGGCGAGGGCGUGUACGGCGAGGUGUAUCUGUGGCGCGCGGGCGACGGGCGCGCGCGCGUGCUCAAGGUGAUACCCGUGAACGGGGACACGCUGGUCAACGGGGAGCGGCAGAAGGACUAUGGGCAGAUUGUGUCCGAGAUUGUGAUUGCUAUGGAAUUGAGCGCUCUGGGCGCUCCGAUACCAGAUAUAGAGAGUCACUUUAAUGAAGGGAAGAGCCCUGAGACAUUGGAUUUACAUUCUGUAGAGAAUGCAACUGAUGCAUUCAAUAAGGUGCUAGCCGCGCGCCUAGUGUACGGGCCGUACCCGGCGCGGCUGCUGGACCUGUGGGAGCUGUACGACGAGUGCAGCGGCUCGGAGAACGACAGCCCGGCCGCGCUGCCGCCGCGCCAGCACUUCCUGGUGCUGGAGCUCGCCAACGCGGGCCGCGACCUCGAGGGCUACCAGUUCCACAACGCCGAGCAGGCGUACGCGCUCUAUAAGCAGAUUGCGUUCGCCUUGGCUGUAGCGGAGGAGGCUUUGGAGUUUGAGCAUCGCGAUCUCCACUGGGGCAACGUGCUCAUUGCACCCACCGAUCAGAAGUACGUGACGUUCGUGGUGCGCGGGCGCGCGCGGCGCGUGGCGGCGUGCGGCGUGCGCGCGACGCUCAUCGACUACUCGCUGUCGCGCGCGCGGGUGGCGCGGGGGGCGCGGGCGGCGCCGCUCUACUGCGACCUCGCCGACGACGAGGCGCUGUUCGACGCGCUCGGCGACUACCAGUUCGACGUGUACCGGCUCAUGCGGGAGAGACUCGGUAACGAUUGGAAGAGCUACGACCCGUUCACAAACAUACUGUGGCUGCAUUACACUGCUGAUAAAAUGAUAACAGCCCUCCGCUACACACGGACCAACACCAAGAUUCACAAGCACUAUAUCGCGAAAUUGAAGGACGUGAAGAAUAGAAUACUGCAGUACGGCUCGGCCGCUGAAUUCGUGAUCACAGACAACGAAAUAUAAUUAAUUAAUUGAUAAAAAUAAUAAUAACAAAAUUCUAUAAUUAAUGCUACACGCAACGUACUCGACGAUACCAAACGUAAAAAAGUAUGAUCAUUUCAAACUAUUUGAAUUUGAAUUUGUACCCGUAAUAUCAUAUAACUCGUAUAUUUUUUAUACUUCAAUAUGGAUAUCUUUUGCGAUUGUUAUAAAUUAGAAUCUGAACAAUUUAAUUAUAAUGUAAAUAAUAGUGGUUUUGAUAAAUUCGUGAAUGUAGUGAACGCUGAAGGAAUUAUUUACAAUGUUGUUUCAUUAGUACAAUGUCAGCUGAAGGGUGCUUUUGGUGGCAAAGUGCCUUUCCCAUUAAAUAAAUUCAUAUAUUACAUUCUA